AUGAAGAAAUUUUUUCAUAAAACAAAAGAGGAAAAUGUGGUUUAUGAUAAUGUGCUGGAUGGACUUUAUAAUUUAUACAAAACUUAUAUACUAGAAUUAGAAAAGGAAUAUAUGUAUUAUCAUUUUUAUAAGCCGUUAUUAACUAGUGGAGACUUUUUAUCUAAACCAAUGAUAAUGUUAUUAGGUCAAUAUUCUACUGGAAAAACAACUUUUAUAAAACAUUUAAUUGAAAAAGAAUAUUGUGGUAUGAGAAUAGGUCCAGAACCAACCACUGAUAAAUUUGUAGCAGUUAUGUAUAAUGAGAAAGAACAAUUAAUACCAGGAAAUGCUUUAGUUAGUGAUAUAACAAAACCAUUUUCUCAAUUAGAAAGUUUUGGUAAUAGUUUUUUAUCUAAAUUAGAAUGUUCUAAUACAUCCAGCGAAGUAUUAAAAUCAGUAACGAUAAUUGACACCCCGGGUGUUUUAAGUGGAAUUAAGCAAAUAAGUAGAGGAUAUGAUUUUGAAAAAGUUAUAUAUUGGUUCGCCCAAAGAGUUGAUUUAAUUUUAUUAAUUUUUGAUGCACACAAAUUAGAUAUAUCAGAUGAAUUCAGAAGAUGCAUACAAGCUAUUAAAGGUCAAGAUUCAAAAAUUCGAAUAAUCUUAAACAAAGCUGAUAGCAUAAAUACUCAACAAUUAAUGAGAGUAUAUGGUUCUCUAAUGUGGUCUUUAGGUAUAGUAAUAAAUACUCCAGAAGUAAACAGAGUUUAUAUUGGCUCUUUUUGGGAUAAAAAGUUACUGCAUGAUGAAAAUAGAAGUAUUUUUGAGGAAGAGGCUUCUGAUUUAUAUAAAGAUAUCUCAAAGAUUCCACGAAAUUCUACUAUGAUUAAAUUAAAUGAUUUUGUUAAGAGAUGUAGAACAUUAAAAGUACAUAUUUAUCUUUUAUCUUACUUAAGAAAGAAAUUGCCAUUUUUUCGUAAAGAUGAAAAAAAAAAAAACUUAAUAAAUGAUUUAGAGACAGUUUAUCAAAAUGUUUCUAAAGAUUUUAAUUUACCAAUUGGUGACUUUCCUCCAGUACAAUUUAUGAGAGAAAAACUUUAUGAGAUAGACUGGAUAAAAAUACCAAAAUUAGAUAUAAAAAAAAUAGAAAGAAUAAAUAAAGUGUUAAAUAUUCAUAUACCACAGUUAUUAGAAAUGAUACCAAAAGAAAAUAUAGAAAUAGAUAAAUCAAGAAAUGAAAACCAAGAGGGUACAAUAGUAGAAAAUAAAUUAACUCCAUUUUUAGAAAUGACUUCAGGAGAAAUCCCUUUAUGGGUAAAGCAGAAAUAUUUAUCCAAUCCUAUAGAUACAUCAAAAUAUUCAGAUGAUUUUUAUAGAUUAGGUCCAGAUGAAUUUGGUAAAUUAUCAGGUGAACAAGUCAAACAAGAUUUAAUUAAAAGUAAGUUACCUAGUUCCGUUUUACAUAAAAUAUGGAAUUUAUCGGACUUAACAGAAGAUGGAUAUCUGGAUCUUUUUGAAUAUUCUUUAGCAAGACAUUUCAUAGAAAUGAAAAUUGAUGGUGUUGAUCUACCCACAAAGGUACCUAAAGAGAUUAUACAAUGA